UCCUUUAUCAUGGCCGAUUCAUCUUCACCAACUGAGCUUCAGCAGAACAACAGCGACGACGCGUUGGAACUGAACAAAGAUUUGGAGAGAAUGAUUGAGGACACUGAAAAUAUGUCAGUGCAGCUGACAUGGAUGGCUUAUGACAUGGUGGCACUGCGGACCAACCCCGAGCUGGUGGCCUCUAUGAAAACACUGGAAGAAGCUUAUUACAGGUGCAGGGUUGUUGUCAGUGGAGAGACCAGAGACCAAAGACCAGAAGCCACGAGUGACAAAUGUCCAGAGUCUGCUGUUACAACACUCACUCCAAUGCAAUGUCAUCAUUUGUUUUCAGUCCACAAGCACUUUGAAUGA